AUGAUAACUGGGAACGGUAUCAUAUUCCUAGGUACAGGUUCAUCAUCUUCCACGCCGAAAUUAUCUCACAUUUUCAAAAACUCCAAAAUUCUAUCGAAUAAGAAAAAAAGUUAUUUCGAAAAUUCAGAAUUGAGACAGGAAGAUUUUGAAUUUGUAAACAAAUUUGUUGAUGAUUUGGUGUCAAAGGAUAUAGAAUGCAUUGAUCAACUGAAUGACUUAUAUUUGAAAAAGAAGUACUUGGAUUGCCCCCAAUUGAAAUGUUAUACCUGCUAUGAUGCAUUAAAUAAUAAUUCAAAAAAUAAGAGAAAUAAUAUUUCUGUUUUGGUUAAAUCAAAUGAUUCUUAUGUUCUAAUUGACGUCGGAAAAACCUUUAGGGACAGUCUUUUACAGAACAGAGAUAAAAUUAACUUUUAUGAAAUCAAACUAGAAUCAGUUCUAAUAAGCCAUAGCCACACUGAUGCACUGAAUGGAAUAGAUGAUCUGAGAGAUCUGCAAGAAUAUAACAAAGUAAAAAAGGGAGAUGUUUUUUAUUACACAACGGAGGCCCCAAUUAAUGUUUAUUUGAAUGAUGUAUCGUAUGAACGUUUGCGAAAUGGUUAUGAUUAUUUGGUUAAAAAAAGGAAAGAAAAUAUUUUUUUUUCAAAAAUAGCAGCCCUUAAUCUUCAAGUUAUAAAGGAUAAAAAAUACAACAAACUGAUACUUGAAGAAAAGAACACAAAUAAAAUAAAAGAUGGCACAAUUUGUACGCUAAAAGGGGAUCAAAAGAAUACGGAAAAUAGUAAGGAGAAAAAUAAAAUAAAAGAUGAAAAGAAAAUUAAAAAAGGGUGUGGCGAAGACGAAGAGAAGAAUAUGAACCGGAAGGAAAAGGAAGAAGAGUUGGAUGGAACAUGUGUAAAUAUACACACGUAUGAUAAAAAAGAUGAACAUGGAUAUGUGUACACACAAUUUGAUAAAGAUAAACGAAUAAGAUUUAUUCCCUUUCAGCAUGGAGUUAAUUACAUAUGUAUUGGUUAUAUUAUAGGAGAGAAUAGUAAGUUGGUGUAUAUUUCAGAUUGUUCAUAUUUACCACCAAAUGUAUUAGAUUACAUAAACAAAGUAGGACCGACUGAAGUAUUAAUAAUAGAUGCACUGUAUUAUAAAGCAAAACAUUAUUCACAUUUUUCCUUGUAUGAAAGUAUAAAAAUAGCCUUACAAAUUAAACCAAAGAAAGUUUAUUUUAUUGGAAUGUCUUGUGAUAUAGAACAUAAUAUAACUAAUUUAUUUUUCAACAAGUUAUCAAAAAAAUACCCUGAUAUUUCUUUUUCCCUAGCACAUGAUGGUUUAUUCGUACCGAUCAACUUUUAA